AUCUUUGAAUAUUCAGGCAAAUUUUCAGGGUUCUGUCUGUCAACACAGAUGCUUUAUCAUUCUUGAAUUAAUACACAAAUCCUUUUUUUGUGGCAUGGAACUGACCACCUAGAUUUUGGUACAUUAUGAAGGGCCAAAGUAUUCUGGAAAUAAUGCUGCUAACUUCAGAUACACAUGUUGUUAAAUCUUUGAACUGCUGUAAUGGUGCACUUAGCCAAAAGUUGUUACUUGAGCAACAUGAGUAAUGCCAAUUACCUCUGUAAGAUGAACAAUAUACUUACAGCUUAGGCUUGUAUUUAAGUAGCUGUCUGAACUUGGCUCAUUGUCUGUUAUGUGCCUAACUCAGUUCCUACUUAAAAGGGCUGAAUGCCUAAACAUGUCUUAAAUUUAUCUGAUUAAGUAUAUAUUGAAUUGGCUGUAUGUAAGCACAUACUUAAAUUAGGCAUAUACUUAUGUACAUUAUUGGACAAGGAUCUAAAUUAGAAUGCAGACACACCACUUCAGGAGCCAUUUCCACCAUUGGAUUUACUUGAUCCAUGUCUGUUGAUCCUGUAGAAACCUGCAUGAGUAUCCAGUGAAUUGCAAGAUGCUAGUUGUUCAGGAUAAGGUCUGGUUCAUUUAUCAUUUGAAAGUGCUUAAAUACUAAGAUUUUUAGAAGAACUAGUAUGUAAUUCUAUGCCUAAUUUGCAUGCACAGCUGCUGGAACUAUAUUUGAAAGCCUGUUAGUGAGCUACAUAAUAGGCAGGAUGUACCGUGAAGUACCUGAUACUCAUGCGCAGUUAGGCAGAUCAUGUACACCUCUUGUUGCAUGUCUGACUUCAAAAUGGGAUCUAUAAAGAGUGCUGAACAUUGUGAUGAUGACUCAGAUUCAUGCAUGGGUUUUGUUUUGUUUUGUUUUUUUUUGUUUGUGGGUUUUUUUUUUUUUUAUUUUUUUAAGCCCUGGAAAUCGUUAUUGCACAGUUAAUUAUUAACUGCUAAUAAUUUUCCUAUUUUUCUCCUUUUGAUAGCAAAAUCAAGUGGUUUGUUACAUGUUAAGGAGCAAGGUGCCUCAAAAUUUAACAUAAAUGUAAAUAGGAAGCAUGAGAAAAAAUGGUGAUGCAGCCAACACGAACGGUUGUCAUGUGUAAAACAACUUUCGAUCACCGCGAAAACACCGCCCUGGGAAAGCGUCCAUGCUUGAUAUCGUUUGGUUCAUGAACAUUAAGUUUCCAGUACAGGUAAAAUCCCAGAUGAAGCCAAAGCCCUUUCCUUGUUGGCACCUGCUCCUACUAUGACAAGUCUGAUGCCUGGUGCAGGGUUGCUUCCUAUACCUACACCAACUCCUUUGACUACACUUGGUGUUUCACUUGGCACUUUGGGGGCUAUACCAGCAGCAGCAUUGGACCCUAACAUUACGGCUCUGGGAGAAAUACCACAGCCACCAAUUAUGGGGAAUGUGGAUCCAUCCAAAAUUGAUGAAAUCAGGAGAACAGUCUAUGUUGGAAACUUGAAUUCACAGACUACAACAGCAGAUCAGCUGCUUGAAUUCUUUAAGCAAGUUGGAGAAGUCAAAUUUGUGAGAAUGGCAGGUGAUGAGACACAACCAACAAGAUUUGCUUUUGUGGAGUUUGCAGACCAAAAUUCUGUACCUCGAGCGCUUGCCUUUAAUGGAGUUAUGUUUGGAGACAGGCCACUGAAAAUAAAUCACUCCAAUAAUGCAAUAGUGAAGCCUCCUGAAAUGACACCACAAGCUGCUGCCAAGGAACUGGAAGAAGUGAUGAAGAGAGUCAGGGAAGCCCAGUCUUUUAUAUCUGCUGCUAUUGAGCCAGAGUCUGGAAAGAGCAGUGAAAGAAAAGGCGGCCGAUCUCGUUCCCAUUCUCGUUCAGAGUCCAGGUCUAGCUCAAAAUCCCGAUCUAGGAGGAAAAGAUCACACUCAAAACACAGAAGUAGAUCUGGCAACAGAUCAGUCUCAAGACACAAGGACAGACGCAGAUCCAGAAGUCCUGUGAAAAAACGUUCUAGAUCUAGGGAAAGGCGGAAAUCAAGAAGUCGCUCUCGUUCUCGGGACAAGAAAAGAGACAAAGAAAAGGUCAAGGAAAAAGAAAAAGUCAAAGAGAGAGACAGAGACAAGGAGAAAGACCGAGACAAAGAUAGAGAACGUGAUAAAGAGAGAAACAGGGAGAGAGAUAAAGAGAGAAACAAAGAUCGGGAGCGAGUCAGAGACAAGGAUAAGGACAGGGACAAGGAUAAGGAGAAAGAUAAGGAGAAGGAAAAAGACAGGGAAGAGGUAGACCAGGACAAGGAAAAGGAAGAUACUGAGAAAGAAGGAGAGAAGGACAGAGAGAAGAUUAAGGACAAGGAGGGAGAUAAGGACAAAGAGAGGGACAGAGAGAAAGAAAAAGAUGGGGAUAAGGAGAAAGAGCGAGAAAAAGAGAGAGAUGAUAAAAAGAAGAAAGAGAAGAGAUCCAGAACACCCCCAAGAAGCUAUAGUUCCUCAAGAAGAUCUCGUAGCUCGAGCAGAGGAAGGCGUAAAAGGAAGAGUAGAAGUCCCUCCAAGUCUCCUAAAUCAUCCAAAACAACAAAAAGAAAGUCUUCACGAACUCCUUCUCCAAGAAGAAGCAAGAAAGAAAAAAAGAGAGAGAGAGAUACAAAUAACGAAAGAAGAGAAAGAGAACGCUCCACCUCCAAGAAAAAAAGUAGUAAAGAAAAAGAGGGAAAGGAGAAAUCUGACAAACGCGCCAGUACCUUGAAGGACAAAGAUCACACUAAAGAGGAUCAGAAUUCAGAAACUGACAAGGAAGUAGACAGCAGAGAUACAGAAAGGACAGAUGAAGUCAAACUACAACAGAAUGGGAACUGUCAACCAAAUGAAGAAAACCUCUCAAUUAAAAUGGAAGAGGUUUAAAGCAAAGAGUGGGCAUCCGAUUCAACUAAGAAAUGAAAUCCAAAGCUUUUUAUUUCUCAGAAUGAGGAAGAAAAUAAAGCAAUCAACCUGAUCGUGUUGAUAGUACUAGUAGCUCUUUCAAUUCUUGGGAUAGCUUUGUUGUCUUCUUGCUGUAAAGCAAGAGAGCACGGACCAGUAGUUAUAACAUGAAAAGGCAAAUGCCAUCAAAACUGUUCAUCUCUGAAAAUCCAUGUAUUCUCAUGAUGGCUGUACUUACUUGUGAAAUGAUUUAUGUUAAGUUUUGCCAUAAGCUGUUACAUAAGUAGAAACUGAAAGAUGUAAACCUGUACUACCCAAAAGAAGCUGAAGAUAUGCAUUGAAGUUUGUUUAAAAUUCUGCUUGUUGAUGAUUUUGUGUUGUUUUACCUUGUGGGUUAAAAAAAUCCACAAAAACUUCAGUGUAUACUGUUUGAUGUGCUUGGAAAUGGUGCAUAAAUAUACGCACUUUUUUCUGUUGUAAAUGAUCCCAACAGAAAGGGGUUUAAAACAUAAACACAGUUUUACAGGUCUUUUGUUAAAUACCCACUGACCAGUACGUUUUUAAGUUGCUUACUGUUUGAGAUUCUUGGGGUUUAUUAUUUGAAAGAAUUUCUUACUAAUAUCCAUAAAGUUAAUAUUUCUUUUAAAGUAUUUGAACAAUGCAUGUUACUUUUCUGUUCGUAAAAGGGACACUGUUAUGUUAUAGAUAAUAGAUCAGAUUACUGAGUUAUUUUGGGGUUGUUUUGUUGCUUUCUUUGUCCUUCCGGAAGUGAGCACUUCUGUAUCAUAUUAUCUGAAUUACAGCUUUUGUUUUCAGCCGUACUGCAGUGUGUACAGCUGCAAAUAGUACAGGUGCCAUUAUGAAAAUAAAAUUUACUUAUUUGUUUUAAAAAAAAAAGUGGGAGCACAAGCAGAUGCUUUAGUGCCUUCUUAAAAUGUGGUAUUUUCUAGAAACGUAUAUGUGCUGUUACUUAUUUUCAGCUAAAUCUUACAUGAUCUCUAUUGCUGUUUUGCCACCACUUUACUGUAGACAAGAAUGCAAGUGAUUUGUCAGAAUGGUUGCUGUAUUCACUUGUUAAAAUGCUAAAGAUCCAUUUUUCUUUUUUUUUUGUUUAAGAACAGAUUUAUAGAUAAAAGCAAAGAUGCAGUUUGGGGACCACCACUGUACAAAAGUAGUAGCUGAAGUCAAAGCAUUUUCUGAUCACCUGCAUCAAAGACAGCCCUUUAUAGACAUUUAAUCUACAUUUGGAUGGCCUUAAUUAAUUAAUAAUGACCUGUCCCUCAUCUUCUCUUAUGUCUGCUGGGUGAAACAGAAGGAAUUGCAUGUAAAGAAGAGGGCAAAAUAAUUUGGGGAAAAUUCUAAUUACACAGGAGUUAAAUGGUAGAGAUAUUUUUUUUUUCUCAUUCUUUGGGGAGAAAGCAAGUAAGAGAGAAUGACAAAGCAAAUAUUUUUGUCAAGGUAAAAUAUGGCUUGUCUUCUCAGAGCUAACUUAAUUGGUUACAUGAGAUUUCUUAAGAGUCAUUCCUUUAAAACUUACUAUUUUUAAUACAACUUAAUACAAUCAAAUGACUUAAUUGCCUUACCUCUUAGGAAGAGUUAUUGUUGAAUACAGUACAGUUGAAAAAAAUGCAAUAGCGUAUUAGCUGUUUGGUUUCAAUUUGAUUUUUUCAACAUUGCAUAGUGAAUUCUUCCAAAAAGAAAAAAAACCCACCCGGUAUUAUAGGGAGUGAAAAAUUUGCCCAAUUCCUAAGGCAAUGAAACCCAGUUUGAUUGUGAAGCUGCUUAAUCACUCUUCAUUCUCAGUAGGAUUUAAUGUUCUUGCCAGUGUGUACAUUUAAGACUAUAGAAAAAGCUUUACCAUGUAAAGUAUAGACAGUCAUUUUUGUGCUGUUGGCUGGUAAACAGCUUAUUCUGAUAAAAGAGUGACAAAUCUGUAUGCUUACAAGAAGACUAUGAAGGAUUGUGUCUUGCAACAACAGCUGUCUUAUUUAUGAUGUGUAAGUAGCAUAGAGCAAAGAGAUUGUUUGUAUACUUGUUAUCUUUGGUACCAUUUCACUAAUAAAAUCAAGUAUUUUAGAGGGAAGUUUCUGCUAGUACAUACUUAUUAAAGGAAUAUUUUUAGUUGA